AUGUCGAACAUUCCAGAUCAGUGCGAUGUGCUUAUCAUCGGUGGGGGUCCAGGCGGUGCAUACUCGGCGUGUUGCUUGGCGCGCGAGGGAAUCGAUACUGUUCUCCUGGAAGCUGAUGUGUUUCCUCGUUUACGGAAAGGAGGCAUGUUCAAAAUGAACUCCAAGCCUCGAGUCUUCACCGAUUUUGUGGCUGCAGGUGGCCCAGAAGGCUACACCUGGAACAUCGUUCGCUCCGAAGCCGAUGAAUUGAUGUUCAAACAUGCCGCUCAAAGCGGUGCAAAGACUUUCGAUGGGGUUCGUGUCGGCGAUCUUGAAUUCCGGCCAUGGGACCAGAACGACCCUGUAGAGCAGGAGCUGGCUGAAUUCCCCGCACCCAACCCAGGUCGCCCUACUUCAGCUCGCUGGUCACGCAAAGAUGGCACCAGCGGUGUUAUUAGCUUCAACUAUCUCAUCGAUGCCAGUGGUCGAGCGGGCUUGGUUAGCACCAAGCACUACAAAAACCGGCGAUACAACCAGGGCCUGAAGAACAUUGCCAGUUGGGGAUACUGGAAAAAUAUGGAACCUUAUGACCUUGGUGGCGUCCAUGAGGAUCAGCCUUACUUUGAGGCCCUGGCUGACGCUAGUGGCUGGGUGUGGACUAUUCCCCUGCAUGGUGAUGUGGUCUCGGUUGGUGUCGUCCGAAACCAAGCAAUUGCCACGGAGGAGAAGAAGAAAAUGAGCUCUCCUUCUACCAAGGAUUUUUAUCUUCAGAAUUUGAACCUUGUUCCUGGUAUCCAGAGUUUGAUGACGAAAGCAGAGCUGGUAUCCGAGGUCAAGUCUGCAUCCGACUGGUCAUACAGUGCUUCCAGUUAUGCCAGUCCCUUUGUCCGCGUCGUUGGUGACGCAGGCUGCUUUAUUGACCCCUUCUUCUCGUCUGGGGUCCACUUGGCUAUGGCCAGUGGCCUAUCAGCGGCUGCAACUAUUUGUGCCAGUAAGCACGGUGAUUGCAGCGAGAAUACGGCGGCAGACUGGCAUUCCAAAAAGGUCGCUGAAGGAUACACCCGCUUCCUUCUGGUGGUCUUGAGUGCUCUCAAGCAAAUCAAAGACCAAGAUGACCCCGUCCUCACCGAUUGGGACGAGGAGACCUUCGAUCGCGCAUUCUCAUUCUUCCGACCAAUCAUUCAGGGUACGGUGGAUGUCAAAGCCCGAUUGACCGAGUCGGAAAUCUCCGAUACGAUCAAUUUCUGCUGUCGGGCAUUCAUCCCCGUUCCUUUGGAAGAAAAAGAAGCCGUUCUUCGGAAAAUGGAAAACCUCGGACUUGAUAAUGAGGACCUGGACCCGAAGGUGAAGGCUGCGCUCGAGUCAUCCAUGUCUCCACAGGAGCUGCACAUCAUGAACACAGUUCGUGCUCGUGAGAUGUUGCGAUCGGAGGAUACUAUCAACAUUGACACCUUCAGUUGUGAUACAAUUGGAGGCCUAACUGUUAAUCUGCAGCAGGGUCAGUUAACUCUCGUCAAAUCGACCGGGCAGAAGGCCGAGAAGAUUGACGUUCUUGGCCUAUUUCACGGGGAGCACCGCGACGGAGAUGCAGCGGGUGUCUCUGAUAACCAGCAUAACUCGGAUACCAAAGUCGCCGUUGCCAUGCAAGCUUAA